CUGCCCCCACAGACUCCAAUGCCGGAAAUGUUGAGGUCUCCCAACCCUCGACAGCCUAUCAAUUCACCAGGAAUACGUCCUGGAGUGGACAAUUCUCAGAAUUACCAAAGUAUUGCUGGAAUGACGCCCCAAGAUCAUUUACAACAAAUCAGGAAUCGUUUACCACAACCUCCCAUCAUUCAUUCAUCUCAGCCUCAACAAGCUUACACAAAUCAAAUGUCACAGUCACCAUCUACCAUGACCCAGAGUUCACCAGGCAUCACACAACUGACAUCACAAAUUGGAUCAUCUGUUAACAGUCUUCUCAAUUCACCAGCCCCUCAGCUUACUAGUCAAAUUCCAAAUCAGAUGUCCCCUGCCAUGAUAAAUACAUCUCAACCAUUUGAUUCAAUAACAACUGUCACAAGCUCAGUGGGCAAUACACAAAUAAAGACUGAAAUAAAACAAGAAGAUGGCAAAAAUUCCCAGACUUUGAAGGAUGUUUUGAUGGCUCCAAGCACAACAGGAAACACUCCGAGCACCAUGUCUUCAGCCAUGACUUCCUCAGCCAAUUCUAUAUCCACAUCAACAGUGUUUACACCCUCCAGUAAGUCCAUCGACAUCAAACAGGAAGUGAAACAGGAAGUGGAAAUCAAGACAGAGCCAGACAUUAAACAAGAACCAAACUCUGAGGGUGGAAAGCAGAUUAAAGAAGAACCAGGAGAAAAUAUGUAUGCGAGAAAGAAAGAGGAAUCUGGUGAGAACAGCAGUAACAGUAUGGACGUUACUAUGGAUUCCAAGGGCAAAUCGGAGGCUGGGGACAAGCAAGAGGCCAGGGACAGUCCUCUCCCCUCUGUCUCUGCAGCCAGUGCCCCUGCUACACCAGCCACUCCCGCUACACCCAGCACUUCUCAAACCAAACAACCCCGACAAAAGAAAGUAUUCAAACCUGAUGAGUUGAGACAAGCAUUGAUGCCAACCCUUGAGAAACUUUACCGCCAGGACCCUGAGUCCAUGCCAUUUAGACAGCCAGUUGACCCAGUUAUGUUGAACAUACCUGACUACUUUGACAUUGUUAAGAAACCAAUGGACCUUUCUACUAUCAGAAGAAAGUUAGACACAGGGCAGUACACGGAUCCUUGGCAGUACUGUGACGAUGUCUGGCUGAUGUUUGAUAAUGCAUGGUUGUACAAUAGGAAGACCUCCCGUGUCUAUAAAUACAGUUCGAAGUUGGCUGAAGUAUUUGAAGGAGAAAUAGAUGGAGUUAUGCAGUCUCUUGGGUAUUGUUGUGGACAUAAAUUUGUGUUUAGCCCACAGGUUCUUUGCUGUUAUGGAAAACAGUUGUGUACAAUACCCAGAGAUGCCAUAUACUACAGUUACCAGAAUCGUACAAGACAAAAUGGCCUCUUUUCUGACAGAUACAUUUAUUGUGAGAAGUGCUUCCAAGAAAUCCAGGGAGAUGAGGUGGAAUUGUCAGAUGAUCCCACUCAACCUGUCACAAAAAUUUCAAAAGGUCAGUUUUCUAAACUGAAAAAUGAUCAGCUGGAUUAUGAACCUUUUGUGGAAUGCGAUGAAUGUGGACGGAAAAUGCAUCAAAUUUGUGUCCUUCACUUUGAACCUAUUUGGCCUAAUGGGUUUACAUGUGAUAAUUGCCAUAGGGCUAAGGGGACAAAAAGGAAAGAAAACAGAUAUUCUGCCAAAAAUCUGACCUAUUCAGGUAUUCCUCCCACCAAGUUGGGUACAUACUUGGAGAAUAGGGUAAACAACUUCUUGAAGAACAAGGAUGCUGGUGCUGGUGAUGUUACAAUAAAAGUGCUAUCAAGUGGAGACAAAGUGGUGGAAGUCAAGCCAGGCAUGAAAGCUAGGUUUUGUGACAAUGGUGAAAUGCAAGAGACUUUCCAGUACAGGGCAAAGGCAAUGUUUGCGUUUGAAGAGAUUGAUGGAACUGAUGUGUGUUUCUUUGGAAUGCAUGUACAAGAAUAUGGUUCUGACUGUCCCCAACCCAACAAUAGGCGAGUUUACAUAUCAUAUCUGGACAGUGUCCAUUUCUUUCAACCACGCCAAUUAAGAACUGCUGUGUAUCAUGAAAUUCUGAUUGGAUAUUUGGAAUAUGUGAAACAGCAAGGAUAUUCAUGGGCUCACAUCUGGGCUUGUCCACCUAGUGAAGGGGAUGACUACAUAUUUCAUUGCCAUCCACCAGAGCAAAAGAUCCCAAAACCAAAGAGAUUACAGGAAUGGUACAAGAAAAUGCUAGAUAAAGCAAUCAUCGAACGAUGUGUCAUAGAUUACAAGGAUAUCCUUAAAGAUGCCAUAGAAAGCAAUGUGACCAGUGCUACCAUGAUCCCAUACUUUGAGGGUGACUUCUGGCCCAACGUGUUGGAGGAGAGCAUCAAGGAGCUGGACCAGGAGGAGGAGGAGAAGAGGAAGCGUGAGGAGGCGGAGGCAGCGGCCGCCGAGCAGGAGCCCGAGUGUAUCGACGACGGCGAGGGCAGCAACCAGGGAGUUGGAAAGAAAAAAGGAAAGAGUAAUAGAAAUAAAAAGGCCAGCAAAAGCAAGAGCAGUCAGAGGAAGAAUCCAAAGAAAACCAACAUGCCUCAUGGUGGCAAUGAUCUCACCCAAAAAGUAUAUGCCACAAUGGAGAAGCAUAAGGAGGUGUUCUUUGUGAUCCGACUUCACAGUCAGGCUUAUGCCUCACAAUCACUCCCUCCAAUCAUUGACCCCGACCCCAUGAUUACCUGUGACUUGAUGGACGGCCGUGAUGCCUUCCUCACCAUGGCUCGUGACAAGCAUCAGGAAUUCUCUUCACUGCGGAGGGCUAAAUACUCAACCUUGGCAAUGUUGUAUGAAAUUCACAAUCAGGGAAGAGACAAUUUCGUGUACACAUGUAAUCAUUGUAAAGCCCAUGUGGAAACCCGGUGGCAUUGUACUGUUUGUGAAGACUUUGAUUUGUGUAAUGCCUGCUAUGAAACAGAGAAACAUGCUCAUAAAAUGGAGAAACUUGGUCUUGAUUUGGAUGAUGGAACAUCUACAAGUGAUAAACAAGAUAAUCCUCAGGAAUCUCGUAGACAAUCUAUUCAGAGGUGCAUUCAUUCUCUUGUGCAUGCAUGUCAGUGCAGAGACGCCAAUUGUAGACUUCCAAGUUGUCAGAAGAUGAAGCGUGUCGUUUCUCAUACAAAGUGUUGUAGGAAAAAGACCAACGGUGUGUGUCCGAUAUGUAAACAGCUUAUUGCUCUGUGCCUGUAUCACGCAAAACAUUGUACAGAGAACAAGUGUCAAGUACCAUUCUGUGUACAGAUUAAACAGAAACUGAGGCAGCAACAACUUCAGCAUCGGCUUCAACAAGCGCAGAUGUUGCGGAGGCGUAUGGCUGUGAUGCAAAGGACUACUGCAACUCCGAGUGCAGCACAAGUGACAUCUCAGCCAUCACCCUCACCCGUGACUGUGACUAUUCCACAACAACAACAACCCCAGCAGCCUGGAAUAGGUGGGAAACCACCACCCGCUCCACCCCAAGCUGCCAUGCAGGCUGCUCAGGAGGCCAAGAGAAUAGCUCUACAGCAAACACUCAAUACAAUGAACAAGCCGAUACCUUCUGUGCCACCGAGUACGAACAUGGCUCCCCCACCUAUGAAACCCAAUCCUGCACUCCCUGGCAUGCCUCAGCAGCCACCGCAAUCCGUUGGAAUGCCCAACUGGCAAAACUAUCAACAGAAUAACCAGUCUCAAAUUCGCCAGCAAAUCCAACCACAACAACAGCUGCCCAGGAUGCCAAUGCCUAACAGACAGCAGCAACCAGUGAUGAAUCAACCAGGCAUUCAAAUGCAACCAAACCAAAUCAGACAAACAAGUCAGCAUGCACUGCAUGAGUUGUUAAAAACUUUGAAAUCUCCUUCAUCAAACCAACAGCAGGCUCAAGUGCUUCAGAUUUUGAAAUCGAAUCCACAGCUUAUGGCAGCUUUUAUUCAACAAAGAGCAAAACAACAGCAGAUGCAAGGACAGGGUCAGGUACCUCCCAACAAUCCCAAUCAGAUACAGAACAUGGGUCAGAUGGGCAUGAGUGCUCCCCAAACAACAGGGCAGCCCACCACUCAACAGCAGCAAAUGUGGCAAUAUCAGCAACAGCAACAGAGACUAAGGAUGCAGCAAAACUCUGUUCCCCAACAGCAUAAUGUGCAACAACCACAAACAAAUCAAAUGGGACAGUUUCAAGCUCCACAACCUUCAUUUCAACAACGACAACGGAUGUCCUAUCCCCAACAGUCACAAGGAUCAUUCCAGGGGGAUGGAACACAACACAUGCAACAACAGUUUAAUCCGCAGCAUAACCAACAAAUGAUUCAUCAAGUUCAUCAGCAGCAAGUCCAAAUUAGACAACAGUUUUCUGGCGGAAAACCUGUGAGUCCCCAAAUGUCAGCCAAUCAGAACCCAUCCCCCCAGCAGUUCAUGCAGCAAGUGAGGUCACCCACAUCAUUACCACAAACUGUCCGGUCCCCUCAACCAAUCGCAUCUCCUCAUCAGCAGCUUAAUCCAUCCCCACGUCAACCUCAAAUGUCACCUCAUCAUGUCAUAUCCAAUCAAUCUCAUCCGGGAGUGCAUGACGCUAACCAAAUGAACUCAGAGACAAUGUUGUUUAGUGGUGGCAUGUCCCUCCAGAAUCAGGGAGCAGAUUCUGGACUGGGCUUGUCACAGGACAAUGAGGUGGCUCCUCUAACACCACAGGACCAGCUCUCAAAAUAUGUAGAGACCUUGUAGGACUAGGUCAAUAAUCUGUUAUACGCCUCUCAAAACUGCAGAUGCAAAUAGUAGUGUACAAAGGAGGAUGAAAAUCCCCUGGUGCAUAGUACUUGUUUCCAGAACAAACACAAAAAUAUAACAAGAGGUUUUAAUAUAUUUUAAUGGUACAAUUUGUUGAGUCAAGCAUGAAUGUGAUGUUUGAUUGUUGUUUCAGUUUAUAUAUACGAAUUUUAUUAUGAAUACAGAGAAAACUUUCAUCCACUAUUCAUGAGGAACUUGCAUAACUCAUGUGACAUAGAUUUUAGUCGUAGCCUGCCAUAAUGUUUUAUUUAAGAAAUUCUAGAUCAAAAUCAUCAUUCAUGAAAUAAACUUGCUGUGUUAUUAAAAUCAUGUUACGAAUAUAAUGUAAAUUAAUGUUACUGUACAGCUGGUGAAAACCUUUCAUUGCUUUUUUGUUUUCUCUGAUGUGCAGGUUUUCACAUGAAUGAAAGAAUUAUUAUAUUUUGUAUGUUCCUUAAAUUAUGAGUUGGUGUAGAAGUACAAUUUUUGUGCAACACAUUCACAGCUUUAUGAACAUUUUCUUGGUUUGUACAUUUGUAUUGUCUUCAGAUUUUUAAUAUUGAUUACUCUGUCAUGUUGAAAUGAAGGAACCAUUGUAUAAAUACAAAAAUCAUAAUUAU